GUCUCCAAGAUGUCAGGGCAGCUGGCCAGUCCUGGUGGUGAACCAGACGAGCGGGACAAGCAACGCUUGCUCGCGCACCUCCGUUCCGAGGCGUAUGUCGAGCUCUUCGCCUCUCCAAUCGCGGGCGUCGGAGUGCGGGCGUUUCGGCAGAUUCCUGAGGGAGUUGACCCCUUCCCGAUCUGCAACCCACACAUGGCGGCGAAGGAGAAGUUCUGCACUUGCUCACAUGCUGAGCUUCGAGCGUUGCCUGAUGGAGUCAUGGACAAGGUGAAGUCUUUCUUCGCUGCCUUGACGAUGGAUGAUGGCUGGACGCCUAUGCGCGACGAAGACGGAGAGAUCAUCUACGGCGUGCUGACAUCGGGCAUGAACAACUUGAACCUGUCCUGGUACCUGAACCACUCGGCGGAUCCCAAUGUGGCCUUCAAAGAUGCCGAAGAGGACGGCGGAUACAACUCCUUCGUUACGAGGCGUCGAAUUGAAGCGGGAGAGGAGCUGACGACGGACUACCGGGAGCUUGGAAAGGACUCUCACCGAACGGUUGUUCGCGCCAAGCAUGUGAAGCAAAUGUCAAUGUCCGAUAAGUGGAAAAUAACCAUAUCUGUUCCAGACAUCGUUGUCAUGCUGCCAGAGUGUCGUGUAGAUGCCUAUAGCAGCUAUAUGCAGCUAUAA